ACCAGGCCAAGCUAGACCCUAAUCACUAACAGACAAACUGUGCUUUCGCACAGAGCCCCGCUAUAAAAGCCAGAAACAGCCGUUCUGCUGGUGGAGUCAUGACGGAGAGCGGCGGGGCUCUGGAGCGCCUGAGGAGGUGUUGCUUUCCCUGUAAACCACAGUCUCAGUCCUGGCCUCCAUCGUGCUUCACUCAAGACAAAGCUAUGACUGCCUUUAAGGGCAUCUGGACCAAGGAGUUCUGGCGCUGUGUGGCGGCUGAGUUCUCUGCCAUGCUGAUCUUUGUCCUGCUUGGCCUCGGUUCAACCAUCAACUGGGGCACUGAGGAUCCCCACCCCCCCGACCUCGUGCUCAUCUCUCUCUGCUUUGGCCUGACUAUUGCCACCAUGGUGCGGUGCUUCAGCCACAUUAGUGGGGCUCAUAUCAAUCCAGCGGUCACAGUAGCCAUGGUUGUGACCAGGAAGCUGAGCCUGGCUAAAGCAGUCUUCUACCUCCUGGCCCAGUGUGUGGGAGCCACAGUUGGGGCGGCCGUACUGUACGGGAUCACCCCAGCCGCUGUUAGGGGUGGGAUGGGAGUCACUGAGGUGAAUGACAGCAUCUCUGUGGGUACCGCCCUGGUCGUAGAACUCUUCAUCACCUUUCAGCUGAUCUUCACCAUCUUUGCCACCUGUGACCACAAACGUAAAGAUCUCAAAGGUUCAUCUGCUUUGGCUAUCGGCCUUUCUGUUUGUGUUGGUCAUCUGUUUGCU